CUGACACACGGAACAGCCUCAAGCUGCACCAAGGGCUGCUGACUUGCAGGUCUCCCAGCACAAGCAGCAGACCUGUGCCUAAGAAUGGAAGGCACUCUAAACCCUUAACAAAGAGCACUACAACAGUCAAAUCAAGAAAGGAACAAAGAUACCGUAAGAUGUUCAAUACCAGCACAAACUCCUCGGGAAACAACUGCAGUCACAGCACAGUAAUAACCAAGACAGUCAUUCCCCUGGUCUACUGUUUAAUUUUCAUAGUAGGACUCUCGCUGAACAGUGUGGCAGCAUGGGUCUUUCUCUAUGUUUCUAGCAAAAAGAGUUUUAUUGUCUAUCUCAAAAACAUUGUUGUUGCCGACCUCCUAAUGAGCUUGACAUUUCCUUUCAAAAUUCUUGCUGAUUCAGAAAUUGCACCUCCACAGCUCAACAUGUUUGUGUGCAGAUACUCUGCUGUUGUUUUUUAUACAAACAUGUAUAUUGGGAUAACAUUUUUUGGCCUCAUUGGUUUCGACAGAUACUACAAAAUUGUAAAGCCUUUAUUCACCUCUUUUGUUCACACAGUUAACUACAGUAAGAUGGUCUCUAUAAUCAUAUGGUUAUUGUUAAUGUUUAUAUCAUUUCCAAAUAUGAUUUUAACUAAUGAAAUCACUAAAGAAAAUUAUUCCAGAAAAUGUAUAGGUCUUAAAAGUGAGCUUGGCAGACAGUGGCACAAAGCGUCAAGUUAUAUUUGCACAGCAAUUUUCUGGAUUGUUUUUCUUCUUCUAAUCAUUUUUUACACUUCUAUAUCAAAAAAAAUAUAUAGCUCUUAUAAAAAAUUCAGAAGGAACUCAGAUGUGACCAAGAGAAAAACCAGCCGUAAUAUAUUCAGUAUCAUGUUUGUAUUUGUCAUUUGCUUUGUACCCUAUCACCUCUGCAGAAUACCAUAUACUUUAAGUCAAACUAGUUCACAAUUCAACUGCCAGUCAAAAAAAAAUCUGUUCUAUGCAAAGGAAUUUACUCUUGUACUGUCUGCUGCAAAUGUGUGCCUUGAUCCCAUUAUUUAUUUUUAUCUCUGCCUACCCUUUAAAGAAAAGCUGUAUCAAAAACUGCAUCUCAAGCUAAAAACUUCAAGUGACGUUGAAAUUUCUAAAUGCAAAAGAUCAAAUACACUUCGGGAAAGUAUAAACAUCGUGUAGGUUCAGGUCAUUAAAAUAAUACAUGUUUAAGAAGGUUAUUCAAGAAUGCAAAUGUCUCAAAGAAACUGAACAGAUAAGAACUAGCAAUAAAAAGAAACAAGGUUUCAGAAUAAAAUGCUAACUGGUUUUUCUCUGUAUAAAAACAUUACUGCACAUUGCAAAUAUAUUCACUACAUGCUACUCCAGCUGAUGCUAUGACUGCAUUAUGGUGUGAUAUGACCUAUCUGGAUCUCAAAGAAAAAGAGAGGAGUAACUGAACCACAUUCCGGAGCUCCAGGCCACAGUUCACUGGAAGGAUUCUCCGACAGACACAGUAACCAAACUGCUUUGCGGUUGUUUCUCAAGAAGUCAGGUACAACACACAUGACGAUUAGCAAACCAGCCUGAAGGGCCCAGGAACAGCUGAUCGCUCCAUCUCACCUGGCACAGACCCAUUGGAAGGAGCAUCCUUCCAAGGGGGUUCAGCAUAAGACUCUCUGCACCAGCCUGUAGAAGAGGAUUGAGACCCUGAGGGGAAUCACUCUCCAUAAAGCAAACAGUUGAAGGCAAUGUGCAGUUUACAGAAGGGCUCUAUUCCAACAAC